AAGCUACAGAAAUAAGAAGAAAUUAAUUCAGGGCUUUUCUUGUAAAUUCUAUAACUUUGCAAAUAAACGUCAUGUAGAGCUGGGGAAUGCCUCAUUUUAAUCAGAAAUGUGCGCGCUACAAUUAUAUCUCAUUUAAAAAUGUUUUGGUUAUUCUUGAAAGUUUCUGAAAAACUGGUUUUCUAGAAAACUGGAUCUUCAAGAAACAUUGGGAAAAAUGCUUUAUGCCACUAGAAUCAGCUCGUCGAGCUCUAUCGAUUGGGAUACCUCUCGUUAGCAUCUGUGAUUAACACUUGGGAUAGUUCCCUCGUUAGACUAUCAUUGUCCACAAUGUACUAGACAACCUGCUCAGAUCAUUCUUUUAUUCGAUUGUUAUUAAAUCUCAAAUGUUUUUUAUAUUUAGAUAGUCCAACUGGUAUGGAAUUGAGUCCUGAUGGUAGUUAUUUAGCGUCAAAUUCUAUGGAUUCUACAAUUCGUAUUUGGGAUAUUCGUCCGUAUAUUCAAACACAAGAACGUUGUAUUAAAUUGUUACAAGGUCAUCAACAUAAUUUUGAAAAAAAUCUUUUGAGAUGUUCGUGGUCGCCAGAUGGUAAACGAAUAUCGUGUGGUUCAGCAGAUAAAAAUGUGUAUAUUUGGGACGUUGCAACGCGAAAAAUUCUUUAUCGUCUACCAGGGCAUUUAGGAUCCAUGAGUCUCCAGGAUCGUAUGAAACAUGAUGAGAAAAACAAAGCAUUAUAUCAAAAUCAAUCAUUUGCCGAAAAUUCAGCUGCAAAUGGAUUGGAACAACGAACAUUACUUGAUGUUGAUUCAGAACCGUGGAAUACUCGUCAUACAAGUAUUAUUUGUACACUUGGUCCAUCUUCUCAAAGUGUUGAAAUAUUAACAAAAAUGCAUGCAACUGGAAUGAAUAUUGCUCGCUUAAAUUUUUCACAUGGCUCAUAUGAAUAUCAUCAACAAAGUAUUGACAAUGUUCGUAAAGCUGAACAAUUGACAGUCGACAAUGGAGGUAUAUUUCGUCCAAUUGGUAUUGCAUUAGAUACAAAAGGACCUGAAAUUAGAACUGGUGUUCUUCAAGCUGGCGUGAAUUCUGAAUUAGAUUUAAAAAAUGGUACACCUGUUCGUAUAACAACCGACGAAGCAUAUAUUGAUAAAUGUACGGUGGAAAAUUUAUACGUAGAUUAUAAAAAUAUUGUCAAUGUUAUUAAGAAAGGAAAUAAAGUAUUUAUUGAUGAUGGACUCAUAAGUGUAGUAGUUAAAGAAGUUGGUGCAAAUUAUUUAUUGACCGAAGUUGAAAAUGGUGGUUUGUUAGGUAGCCGAAAAGGUGUGAAUUUACCAGGUGUACCAAUUGAUUUACCAGCCGUAUCAUUAAAAGAUCAACAUGACUUGGAAUUUGCUGUUAAAAAUAAGCUUGAUAUGGUAUUUGCUUCGUUUAUUCGGGAUGCUAAUGGAGUUAAAGUUAUACGUGAAUUACUUGGCAAAGAGGGAAAAGAUAUUAAAAUUAUAGCGAAAAUAGAAAAUCAUCAAGGAAUACAAAACUUCGAUUCUAUAUUAGAAGUUGCUGAUGGUAUCAUGGUUGCUCGAGGUGAUAUGGGUAUUGAAAUUCCAGCACAAAAAGUAUUUGUUGCGCAAAAAAUGAUGAUUGCAAAAUGUAAUCAAGCAGGAAAACCAGUAAUAUGUGCAACACAGAUGUUAGAAAGUAUGACAAAAAAUCCACGUCCAACACGUGCCGAAGUUAGUGAUGUUGCCAAUGCCGUAUUGGAUAAUGCUGAUUGCGUUAUGUUAUCUGGUGAAACAGCAAAAGGAAAGUAUCCUGUUGAAUGUAUAAGACUCAUGCAUGAAAUUGCUCGAGAAGCCGAAGCUUGUUUAUUUCAUCGAGAAUUAUUUGAAAAUUUACGUUAUUUUACUAAACCACCAUUGGAUCAAAUUCAGUCAACAGCAAUUGCCGCUGUGGAGGCCGCAUUCCGAAGUUUUGCAUCGAUUAUUGUUGUCCUAACGCAUUCUGGAAAAUCAGCUCAUCUUAUUUCUCAAUAUCGUCCACGAGCUGUUAUAAUGGCUGUAACAAGAAAUCUAUCUACAGCAAGACAAAUGCAUUUGUAUCGUGCUUGUUUUCCUGUUUUUGUCAAGCACCAGACAGAUACAUCCGCAGUGGGUAAAGUAGCUGAUCAAACAGGAGAUUUACAUAUUGGUGCAGCGGAUGCUGUUGAUCCUCACAGUUUUCAUCAACAACGUAUGAUGACUCAAGAAGCUACGGCUAUGACAGAAUGGCUAAUUGAUGUCGAUUCACGUGUAUCAGAUGCUAUACGUAUUGCAAAAGACAGAGGAUUUUGUAAAUCGGGAGAUGCUGUCAUUGUUGUUACAGGUUGGCGAGCUGGUUAUGGUACAACCAAUACACUUCGUAUUAUUUAUGCAGAUUAA